AUGCCUUCUCCCCGCCUCCCGCCCACCGCCGCCGCACUCUUCGCCGACGUCGGCGCCCUCCGGCGUUCGUACGUGCGCCUCAUCGCCCUCUCCUCCACGCUCCGCCACCUCGACCAGCUCCUCGCCGUCUCCCUCGCCUCCGGCCACUACACCCUCGACCCGGCCCCGGCCACCUCGCUCCUCCUCCGCUACGCCUCCCUCCGCGCACCUCCCCGCCAGCUCCUCCGCCUCUUCCGCGCCUUCCCCAACCCCGACCGCUUCAUCCGCAACGCCCUACUCCGCUCCCUCCCGUCCCUCCGCCCCGACCUCCUCUUCCCCUCCCCCGACUCCUUCUCCUUCGCCUUCGCCGCCACCUCGCUCAACGCUUCCAGCUCCCGCCGCGGCAUCGUUUCUCCUUCCGCCUCCGCGCGCGCGCUGCACGGGCUCGCCGUGGCCGCGGGGUAUGCGGGGGACACGUUCGUGGCGUCGGCCUUGGCCAAGCUCUACUCCACGCUGUCCAGAGCCGAUGACGCACGCAAGGUGUUCGACGCGGUGCCGUCUCCGGACACGGUCCUCUGGAACACGCUGCUCGCCGUGCUGUCCGGUUCGGAGGCCAUGGAGGCGUUCGUGCGGAUGGUCAGGGAAGGAUCGGCGCAGCCUGACUCGACGACGCUGUCAUCCGUCCUGCCGGCAGCAGCGGAGGUUGCGGAUGUGACGAUGGGAAGGUGCGUUCAUGCGUUCGGGGAGAAAUGUGGAUUGGCUCAGCACGAGCAUGUUGUGACGGCGCUGAUCUCAUUGUAUGCCAAAUGCGGAGACAUGGAGUGUGCACGGCGUCUGUUUGACAGGAUGGUGGCGCCGGAUUUGGUUGCGUACAAUGCCUUGAUCUCAGGCUACUCGGUUAAUGGCAUGGUUGGAUCGUCAGUGGAGCUGUUCAAGGAUCUGGUCACUCUGGGCUUGAGGCCAACGUCGAGCACGUUGGUGGCGCUGAUCCCGGUGCACAGUCCAUUCGGGCAUGAACAGCUUACUCGGUGCUUACAUGCGCAUGUUGUCAAGGCUGGGUUCGAUGCCAAUGCUCCUGUAUCGACAGCGCUUACCACUCUCUACUGUAGGCUAAACGAUAUGGACUCUGCAAGGAAAGCCUUUGAUGCAAUGCCUGAAAAGACCAUGGAAUCAUGGAAUGCCAUGAUAUCGGGGUAUGCCCAGAAUGGUUUGACAGAGAAGGCCGUUGCACUCUUCCAGAAAAUGCAGGCACUCAAUGUGCCACCGAAUCCGCUCACCAUCUCGAGCACUCUGUCGGCGUGUGCACAGCUUGGAGCUUUGUCACUGGGAAAGUGGGUACACAAGAUCAUCGCCAAGGAGAACCUUGAGCUCAAUGUUUAUGUCAUGACAGCGCUCAUUGACAUGUAUGUGAAGUGCGGAAACAUUGCAGAAGCUCGCCGCAUCUUCGACGGAAUGGACAAUAAGAAUGUGGUCUCGUGGAAUGCAAUGAUCUCCGGAUAUGGCCUCCACGGUCAAGGUGCUGAAGCUUUGAAGCUCUACAAGUACAUGUUGGAUGCAAACCUUCUUCCAACAAGCUCCACCUUCCUGUCAGUACUCUAUGCCUGCAGCCAUGGAGGAUUGGUUGAGGAAGGGCGGACAACCUUCCGGUCAAUGACCAGUGAUUACGGGCUCAUUCCAGGCAUCGAACACUGCACUUGCAUGGUGGAUCUUCUCGGCCGAGCUGGUCGGCUCAAGGAGGCUUAUGAGCUCAUCUCGGAGUUCCCCAAGAGCGCCAUUGGACCUGGCGUAUGGGGGGCUUUACUUGGUGCUUGCAUGGUUCAUAAGGAUGCCGACCUUGCAAAAUUGGCCUCCCAGAAGUUGUUUGAACUAGAACCCGAAAACACCGGCUACUAUGUGCUACUCUCCAAUCUGUACACAUCAAAGAAGCAGUACUCUGAAGCAGCUGGGGUGAGGCAGGAAGCAAAGAGCAGGAAGCUGGUGAAAACACCAGGGUGUACUCUAAUCGAGCUAGGGGACAAACCGCAUGUCUUCAUGUCUGGUGAUCGUGCCCACCCACAGUCACACGCCAUCUACUCGUACUUGGAGAAGCUAACUACAAAGAUGAUUGAGGCUGGGUACCAACCCGACACGGAGGCAGCAUUGUACGAUGUCGAGGAGGAAGAGAAGGAGAAUAUGGUGAAAGUGCACAGCGAAAAACUGGCCAUCGCCUUUGGAUUACUGAAUACAGAACCGGGGACGGAGAUCAGGAUCAUCAAGAACCUUAGGGUGUGUCUGGACUGCCAUAACGCCACCAAGAUUAUUUCCAAGGUGACGCAGCGGCUGAUUGUGGUUAGGGAUGCGUCGAGGUUUCACCAUUUUAGAGAUGGUGUUUGCUCAUGUGGCGAUUACUGGUGAUUCAGUGGGAUUUGAUCUUUUAACAGAUGAUUAGUUAAUUCUUUCGAGGUAAUUCUCUCUGGAGAGCAUUUGCUGAGCUCAAGUAAUUUGUAACCCUCGGGCGCCAAUUUUGUGUGGCUGGGAGAAAGUCAGAACUGACUCAUAACUAGCAUAUUCCAUUUCAGUUCCCAGCAAGAGCCAAGGUUUUAACCCAA